AUGGAGGGAGUCUUACCCGGUCAGCAUGCUAUGAGAGCAGGCAGACCAGUGAUGCAAUUUGAAAAUGAAGAUGAAGUGCUGAGAGAAUUAAGAUUGGAUCCUAGUAUAAGUCAACGCCAAAUAUCCAGUAAUAUCGGGAUUCCAAGAUCGACGGUGCAACGUGUCAUUAACAGAAAAAAAUAUCACGCCUACCACGUGCAAAGGGUGCAAGCUUUGCUGCCCGGUGACUAUGAACCUUGA